AUCCACCAAACCUCCGCGAAAGGGUGUGCGUUUUGAAGGUUGUAUGAAGCUAAACACCACUGCAGGCAAGACCAGUCGUCUCUUGGCUGGACAACCCGGUUGACAAGCCUCUGAAGCCGGGGCGGAGCACAUCCCAAGUCUCCCCCAACCUCCCUCUGAGCUGACCCCCGCCAAGGUCUUAUCCUCAUUGGAAAUGCCGCAUUCACGGACGAUAAUGUGCAAAAGUUGAAAUUCAUAGGUUACACGGCAAAAUGCAAAGUGGCAGCUGUUUUGGCUCCUCUUCAAGGUCAGUAUCUGAGCGCCGCCGCCUCCUCACGGACGAGUUUCUUGGGCAGUCGGAGGGGAAGAAGAGAGGUGGACGGGAUGCCGCUGUGUCUCGCUUGCCUCCAGCAUCAACAAUGACAUCUUUCACCGACGAGGACAUUGAUAGUCACUAACACACAAACGGACAAACUUGCGAAACGCCGCUGUAAAGGAAAAAAAAAACGAACAGGAUAGAUUUGGUAAUAUUGUCUGUGCUGUUGUGAAAAAAAAAACUCUUUCAAGCAUCUUGGCGUUUCCUGCUUUCUUCCCACGGCCUCUGUCGGCGCGGCUGUUUUAACUUACCUGGUUAGAAGCAACACUGAAGUCAAGCUAGGUAACGAGAACGAACUGGACUUGUGGUUCGGCUUAAGCUAGUCGAACCGACCGUUAAAAUCAGUUAGAAUGUUCAACGGUUGUAGAGCCGGUUAACGUUACGAAGUUGUAACCCAGUUUAGCUAAACCCAACUUCCUUGAACUUGGCUGCUUUUCAGACGCACUUUUACAAUUGCUUUACAUAGCCUUUAUCGUUAAUCAACAUGCCUUCGAGGACAGGUUCACAUAGCCCAGCCGGCUUUGGCAAGACUUUACCGGAGCGGGGACUUCUCCUGCUGAUGGUUUUGGUGUUUCUAGAGGGCUCUUUGCUUCCACUCGGAGCUGCCAGCUCUCCGGAUGUCAGCCACCAGGAGAAUUUGAACGAACACAAAUCAACGGUGGAAAAGCAUAACCACUCUAAAAAGGCUUUCCCUGUGCUCAGCCUCGACUACCACCACAUACAGACCCCCUUCGAAAUCUCAUUAUGGGUGCUGCUAGCCUCAUUAAUGAAGUUGGGGUUCCACCUGAUCCCUCGUCUGUCCGGCAUCGUGCCAGAGAGCUGCCUGUUGAUUGUGGUGGGUCUGCUGGUGGGGGGGCUCAUCAAUCUAGCUGGGGAAAAGGUCCCCCCAGUGCUGGACUCCAGAUUGUUCUUCCUCUGCCUGCUGCCGCCCAUCAUCCUGGAUGCUGGCUACUUCCUGCCCAUCCGUCCCUUCAUGGAGAACCUGGGCACCAUCCUAAUGUUUGCUGUCGUGGGGACCUUGUGGAACGCCUUCUUUAUUGGAGGCCUGCUGUAUGCUGUGUGUCAGAUCAAGCCAGCCAAUCCAUCCGACCUCCACCAGCUAGAGCUCCUGCCUUGCCUGCUGUUCGGCUCCAUCAUCUCAGCUGUGGAUCCUGUUGCUGUGCUGGCUGUGUUCGAGGAGAUCCAUAUCAACGAACUGUUGCACAUCCUGGUUUUUGGCGAGUCACUGCUCAACGACGCUGUCACUGUUGUACUAUACCACCUAUUUGUGGAGUAUUCAGAGGUUGGCACGGUGACGUUGAUGGACUGCUUCCUCGGAGUUCUCUCCUUCCUCGUGGUUGCACUGGGCGGCGUUCUAGUGGGAGCUAUCUAUGGGAUCCUGGCUGCCUUCACUUCACGCUUCACCUCCCACACGCGUGUUAUCGAGCCACUUUUUGUCUUCGUGUACAGCUACAUGGCCUACCUGUCAGCUGAAAUGUUCCACCUCUCUGGCAUCAUGGCGUUAAUAGCAUGUGGGGCGGUGAUGCGACCAUAUGUGGAGGCCAACAUAUCACACAAGUCCCACACCACCAUCAAGUACUUCCUGAAAAUGUGGAGCAGCGUCAGCGAGACACUCAUUUUCAUCUUUCUCGGCGUGGCUACAGUGGGCGGAGAACACAAUUGGAACUGGAUCUUUGUCACAGUCACCGUUAUUCUGUGUCUGGUGGCACGGGUCAUAGGUGUGGUUGGUCUGACCUACGUUAUCAACAAGUUCCGUAUUGUCAAGCUGACCACCAAGGACCAGUUCAUUGUGGCCUACGGUGGCCUGCGAGGUGCCAUUGCCUUCUCCCUGGGCUUCCUGCUGGACGAGAACCAAUUUGGAAAAUCCUUGAGAGAGAUGUUCCUCACUGCCAUUAUCACUGUCAUCUUCUUCACUGUCUUUGUCCAGGGCAUGACCAUCAAACCCCUGGUUGAGCUGCUGGCAGUGAAGAAGAAACAGGAGGCCAAGCGCUCCAUUAAUGAGGAGAUCCACACCCAGUUCCUUGACCACCUACUGACUGGAAUUGAGGACAUCUGUGGACACUAUGGACAUCACCACUGGAAGGACAAACUGAACCGCUUCAACAAAAAGUAUGUGAAGAAGUGCCUGAUUGCAGGCGAACGCUCCAAGGAACCUCAGCUCAUUGCCUUCUACCACAAGAUGGAGAUGAAACAGGCUAUUGAGCUGGUGGAGAGUGGAGGGGGAGUCAAGCUGCCUUCUGCUGUGCCCUCCACAGUUUCCAUGCAGAACAUCCAGCCCAAGAAGCCUCCUCCUGCCAAGCCUGCAGAAAGAGUUCUACCACAGCUGCCUAAAGGCAGAGAAGAGGAAAUCAGGAAGAUCCUCAGGAGUAACCUUCAGAGGACACGACAGAGGCUGCGCUCCUACAACAGACACACUCUGGUGGCUGAUCCAUACGAGGAUGGCUUCGGUGACUUCCUUAUGAAGAAGCAAAAGAUGAUUGAGUUGGAGAAAAAGAUAAAAGAGAUGAAUAACUACCUGACGGUGCCCGCUGCUCCUCCUGACUCCCCGACCAUGUGCAGAGCCAGACUGGCCUCAGGCAGAGAUACUGAUUUCAAACCUGCUCAACAGCAGAAAGAGGACAAAAUCUGUCCAGAUCCUCAAGCCUACAGCGUGAAGCCAUCGUCAGACAGCGUACCCCGCAUACAGGUAGACCUGGCUUCUCCUCAGUCUCCAGACUCUGUCAACAUGAUGGAUGAGUUCAGACGGGCCAGUCAGCAGCAGGAGGAGGACCAGGGCCUGAUGAUGAAGCCUCCCGGGGGGCAAAGCGGGUCUAAUAAGCCGGGCGAAGCAGACGGAGCAAGAGAACAGCAGAAGCUGAUGAGGUGCCUGAGCGACCCUGGUCCCAGCGCAGACGAGGAAGAGGACGAACCCUUCCUGCCCUAAUACGGCGGAUGCGGAGGAGUCAGGUUGCACGCCCACCUACCUUCACUGGUCGGAAGGAGAGGGCUGCAUUACUGCUCCGCUCCAAAUUAUCUCUUUGGUCGAGAAACCAAACAAACCAAAACUGCUGAUGCUUUUGGAACCAGAAACAAAAAGCAUAAGGAAAUUCUCUGAGAAGAAAAAGAAAGAGCCAUUAGUUUGUUAUUGUCAUUGCUCUUUAUUUUUUUAGACAGUAAUGGAACAGCAGUGACUGCUAUCUGAGGGACCAGAGUUUAUGGUUAAUAGUUUGAGACAUUCAGGAAAGAACUAUGCAUUACCAAAGGUUUGAACUGUUAUACUGUCAAACGACGUCAUUCUUACUUGAGUGUCAGACUGUGUUCUUCUUUCUUAAUGAUUGCAUAGUCGUUGACUUUAUGUUUAUUGAUGUUUUUACAACUUUUUCUGUCUUCAUAGCUACAUUCUCUGAGAUAUGCUGGGUCUCUACUCCUAAAUGUAAUCAACAAAGCAAACUACUUCAAUCCAGUUCUCACUUUCAGACAUAGCACUUAAGUUUUAGUUGUUCGUUUUAAGCCAAUAUCUGAUUGAACUGUUAAUAUUAAGAACAUAUACAUUUUCAUUCUGUCUUGAAGUUGCUGGAUAUAGAGUAGCGUAGCUCGUUGGAAAUAUGUUUGCCUUAUUUUAUGUCGAAUCUUUUCACUCGGUGCAUUUUUAUCUCCACCACAUUUUAAUUUCAGGGGUACUAACAUCUGUUUGUCAUCAGAUGCCAGUUGGUUCGUUCCAAGUGUUCGUUGGAUGUAGUUUAAAGCUGGAUGCAUUUAGUCACUGUGCAAAAGCACUGUGUAAAAGAACCACAGUUCUUUAAUUUCAUGCUUUACGGACCUGCAGCCUCGUCCUAUGGCUGCGGAAGGAGUUCUGUGGAAUUCUUCACUGUUGUACAAAGGAGUUUUCACAGUCACAGACGGACAAACGUGGAGCAAAGUCGAAGCGGCUGGGAAGACUGAGAGACAAGCUGAUGCAGCACAGAUGUUUUGAUGUCAGUGAUCAUGCUUGAUUCCCCCCCAUCCCAGUCUUCUAAAGUUAAAUCACACGUUGUCAUUGUUGCAUUUCUGUCUAGAUGUUUAGUUGUUUUACCUCAAUUUAGAACACCCUUUAAAACUCACUCAAGUAGGAGCUGAGUCGUUGAGUAGAUUUCUGUCUUAAUGAUGAUGUAAUGAACAAGUGCCCAUCUGACAUUCUUUUCUUUUAAACUUAUAGACCACAUGAGCUGAAUUUAUCACAUCUAAAUAAUCUUAUACAUACCUUUUUUCAUUCUAUAGUUUGUUUUUUUUCUUUUUCGACAGGCCGUUAUGAGAAGGAUUUGUGCCCUACAUCACUAUUACUCAGCAUAUGAAGGGACACGACAAUUGAAGAUUAAUUUGUAUGAGAAUUCAUCCACACAUCUUAACCCAUGAGUGUAGGCAUGUCAUGGAAAAAAAAAAAGAGUAAUUCUAUGCAGUAUGGUAUAAAAUAUGUGUAAAAUAUGUAAAUUAAUGAUAAUAUGCUAUAUUUAUUAAUACCCUUUAAAACCGAAAUCUUAUAAUCUUGUAAACAUGCUGAGGUUUAAGCUAAAAUCAAACAUGGGCAUUAAGAUAAAUGAUCAUUUAAAAAAAAAAAAAAAAAUCAAAUUUGUUAUAGUUUUGCACAUCCGAGUGAGAGUGAAACGUAUCAGCAGGCACGAAAACGUAGUCUAGUGUUUUAUUGAUACUAAAAGUCAUUCUCUACUGUACUGUAUAUGGUUGUACAGUGUGUAUAAUAGCCAGUGUAAAAUACAUUGCACGUGUUUUUUUACACAACUGCUCAGUGAAUCGGAAUUUAACAUAAAUCAUAUAAGUUGAUGAUUUUACUGAUUCACAUCCACUCAAAGAAACACACACCGUGUUGUUGUGAUGUAGUCUUUUCCACGUUCAAAACAAGUGCCACUAACAAUUAGAUGGUAACCCAUGAGUGUUCCUCUCACCCGAGUCUGUUCUCACUCUCUUCACUACAAAAAAGAGAAGUUUCUCCAUACAGGUCAUCUUAAGGAUCUGCUAUGGCUUCCUUCUCUUCUAUUAAGUAGGUUGAGUGAGGCACUGUUCCAGUUUUUCUGGCUGUUUUCUAGGUGUUAGUGACGACUGUAUCCUUCCUGAUCCUCUUUAAGGUAUCGCUUUACGUGCAGAAAGCUCACGUUACAGAUGAGGGGGAAGGAGCAGACAAACUUGACAGGCUUGUUUUUUUUGUCAGUGCAUGCAUGGACUUCUUCCUGCUUCCCAAUUUCUAAAAGGAUGAUUAUAGCAGAGAUAUGGAAGGGUCAAACCUUGAAGUAUCUCAUUUUCCUGUCUUGGCCAAAUUGAAUUUACUCUCCUAAAUGUCAGCGCAUGUGACGGUGUCGGAAGGAGCGACUGUGCUGAAAAUGUCAACAAGGAUGGGGUCAGAGAUAGAAGGGUUGUUUAAAACCCUGAUUGAUCAGCCAAAUGACAUGCAGUACCUUCCCCCCGUCCUCAAAUUCUGCUUUUAUCGUUGCUUAAAGGACAGUGAUAUUUAUGUGGAGUAUUACCUUUACGAGGUGCUAAAAUAGUGUAUAAAGAGAAGACCCUGAGAAUGGUUUCUCUCCAUCUGUGAAUUUUCUUCAGGCUUUUUCCUCUAUCAUCCCUCCCCAAAUGAUUUAGCAUCAAUUCAAAGGCAGUUCUCUUAACUCUCAACUGCACUGUGGACACAUUUAAAUAGGAGUCAGGAAGGCUGCAGAAAGUAACGCAUUUCUAAAUAUUCUCCCACUUGAAUAUGUGUGACUGUGUGGAUAUGCAUACUCUGCACGGACGUCGUAUUUUUCAUAUCAGAUGGAUAAAUGAGUUGACAUUACAUGGGGAUGUAAUCAAGCAUACAAAUUUAGAUUUAAAAGAACGUCUUGAAACAACAGACAUCAUAUCCAUGAUUACUCCACUUACACGUUAUUCCAAAGACUAUUUAUUUCUCAAAGACAAGAAAAGAAACACUAUAUUCAUACCAAAUGCAUCUUUUUUUGGGGGGGCAAACAUUCUCACACUCCUCGGAGGGAAAUGUUUGGUGCAGAAAAUGUUUAUCUGAAGCCAUACAGCCUAUAGAAGAACCUAUUUUAUUGUAUUCAUAUGUUAUAAUGUCAUACACGCAUCAUUUUUUGCCUUUGUUUUUACUCUGUGCACACUGGCCUUUACUUUUACAAUCGCCUGGGUCUUUUUUGCUCAUUUUACAACAUGAAUGCUUGGAUGUUUUUCUACAGCGGUGAAUUGUUUUAAGCGUUUGUCUUCUUUGAAUGUGUUGAACUGAACUACAAUGUCAACUGUCGCCUCACCAGCAUUCACUAGAGCUUUGUGGUUUUUGUUCUAGGCUUUAAAACACUUCAUGUGCUUUACUUAUUUGAUUGGUUUAUUGUACAAAGAUUUAGUCAUUUUAUUGGCUUUACGGGGAUAUCUACUGUAAGUCCCUUGCUUUUAUCGUACUGUAAGUACUUUAUCUGGAUUCACUUGCGUUCUAUCGCUCCAUGUGCUUUACAGAAUUUCGUCACUGUGGGUUUUUCCAUCUCAUGUUUACCUGUAACAGCACUCCAAAUGCAUUUGUCAUCCAUACUUUAAACUGUUGAGUUCAGGCUCUUGCUUCUCAGAGCAGAAACAGGCUGAAUUUGCAGCUAUAAAAAUAUUUUUGAGCUAUAUAAGCAGUACAGUCUUAUUCUCAAAAUCAGUGCUCCUAAAGUUAGAUUGUUCAGCCUUGCAAAGGAAAGUGAAUGCAUCAAUUACAAUCAGCUAUGCAUGCUGACAAGUGACUUCACCUUAAUGCCACUCUUGGGUUUUUGCAUGUUUUAGGUGUUUUUCCCCAUGUAUCCGGGGGAAUUAUUCCUCUCCUUUCAUUCUUUACAGCAUAAUCUUGUAAAGACUUUUAACUUGCUUCAGUAAUCCAUCACUGUAAGCAUCAGGUCGACUUUUACGUCAGCUAUACUUGCAGAUUUUUCCCAUCAACUGCAAUACCAUGCAACAAUGGGUGGGAAAAACGUCUAAAAAAUCUUUCAGUAUGCUUUGACGAACUGUUAGCACUAAACUGGUUAAUACAUGAGAUGAAACAUGCAAAAACACUGAGGUUUUAAGUACUGUAACAUUUGACCAGCCUGGCAGUGCAAGUAUAACAUUGUAGAUUAACCUUAGAUAAGUACUAUCAAUUAUAAAGGCGGUAGUCACCUACAGUAUGAUGCACGCAUGCACGUCAUUGACAUAAUGACCCUGUAGUGUCAUAACUCCACCAUCCAAAGACUGUUCUUCUCCCUCUUUUACCUCAUUGUCCUUCAAUUUUCCUAAUCCGGCUUCUCUUGUACUCCACCAUCUUACACCACACACACCAAGCACUUUAACAAAGCAGUACCUUUAUCUCAAAACACCUAUGUUAGAGAGAGCAAUAAGUGGCUUUAAUGUAGUGUACACCAUUGUGCAUGGUUAUCAGGUGACACGCCAUUGGGGAAAAGGAAUGUACUUUAUGAUGGGCCUUAUAAACGGAGAUGAGUUUAGUGUUUUUAGUCGGUGUCCUGAAGCAGAGAAACUGGGGUUUUAAAUCCCAGUGAAUGUCAUGCUAUGACUUGACGAUAGAGUGGAUUAUGUUUCCCUUUUAUUCAUAUUUUGUGUUUAUCAUAAUGUGCUUGUUGGAUUUAUGUGUCAGUCAAUUAUUUGCAGUUUGCAAAUUUGAAUUUUGCAAUAAUUAGGAGUUAAGGAGUUUUUUUAUUUUAUAUACACAUAAAUGGAGAUAUAUUUAAAAAAUGUAAACAAAAAUACAAAAAAAAACCAACGUAUUAGAAAUGUAGGAUUAUAAUGUACAAAUCAGAAUCUGAAAGAUAACAAGUGUGCACUUUCUUGUUGAUUAAUCUUUAGCUUUCAGCAUUCCAUUCCUGUACUGACCAGUCAAACUAACAAUCAGAGAUGAAACUACGUCAGAAACUAUAUACCAAAAUUAAAGUUUUACUUUAUAGCAA